AUGGAAGAAGCAAAGAAUCUCUUCAAUCGAAUGCCACACUGGACGUUGAUCUCGUGGAACAUUAUGUUGGUUGCUUACGCCACUGAUCAUGAUCUAAAAGGUGUACUUGAUGUGCUCGAUUCCAUGCAGGAGAGAAACGUAUUUACGUGGAACACGGUGAUCACCGCAUUUGCUCAAGAAGGGCAAUUGGAGGCCGCAAAGUCGAUAUUCCAAUCCAUGCCGGAUUGGAAUCUUGCUACCUGGACGACAAUGCUGCAGGCCUAUGCCCAAAUGGGGCACCUCUCCGACGCUUGGGUGGUGUUCCGGUCCAUGCCAGAGCAUGACGUGAUAAGCUGGAUCGCAAUUCUCCUUGCGAACUACCAAAACAGCGACCUCGCGAGCACGAUAGCUGUGUUUGAUUCCAUGCCGGACUGGAGUGCUGCUUCGUGCACGGUGAUGCUCCAGGCCCUUUCUGACCGUGGCCACAUCACUGCAGCAAGGGACGUCUACGAUUCGAUUACGGACAAGAAUGUGGUGGCGGGGACGGCCAUGAUCACCGCGUAUUCCCAGGCGGGAAUGCCCACCCACGCCCAGGAGGUUUUCGAUUUCAUGGAAGAGAAAAACGUGCUGACGUGGAGCUCGCUCAUGUCUGCAUAUGCCCAGGCCAGGCAGAUGCCUCAGGCGGAGAAUCUCUUUGAGCAUAUGCCAGAGCGGAACCUGGUGUCGUGGUCAACGAUGAUAUCCGGGUUCGCGGAGAAUGGCAACUUGGAGAAUGCAAGAUGCUGUUUUGAUUCCAUGCCGGAGCACACGCAGGCAGCGUGGAACGCAAUGGCGGCAGCAUAUACCAUUUGCGGGCAUCUGGAAGACGCCAGGGAAGCGUUCGACGACAUGCCCGAUCGAGACCAAAUCUCCUACACGGCCAUGGUCCAAUCUUACGCGCAAAACGGAAACAUAGGCGAAGGGAUAUCGCUCGUCUACGCAAUGCCGCACAGAGACGCCAAGACCUGGAAUGCGCUAAUGGCAGCACUUGCCCAGAAGGGGUAUCUGAAUCGCGCGCGUCGGGUGUUCGACGCCAUGCCAGAAUCCAACGGAGUCUCGUGGAGCGCCAUAGUCUCCUGCUACGCGCAGACGGGCCGCGGGGAGUCAGGUGUCCGGAUGUUUGCGGCAAUGGCGGCAGAGGGAUUCCCCGCAGACCAGGUGGCUUGCCUGAGCGGGCUCGUCGCUCAAACCCACAUCGGCCGCGUCCCGCAGUGCUGCGCCUUCUUCCGCUCCAUGCAACAGGACUUCGGGGUGGCGCCGCUGGCGGAGCACUUCCUGUGCGUGGUGGACUUGCUGGGAAAGGCCGGGCAUCUGGAGCGAGCGGAGGAGCUGGUGGAGACCAUGCCCUACGAACCGCACGCCAAGACGUGGGGCGCGCUGCUGGGCGCUUGCCGGCUCCAUGCAGACGUCGGGCGGGCCAGCGGCGCGGCCAGGAAUCUCUUCGCCGUGGACACUCGAGAUUCCGGAUCUCACGUGUUGGUGUCCAACAUAGCACUGCAAGAAGCUGAGAGGAGGAGGAACUGCAAGGCUGGGGUCACGUGCUGCUCCUUCUCCUCCUACGCAUGUAGUGUGACAGCAGAUCUCUAUGCGCUACUGGGUGUGAGCUCUGGUGCUGAUGCCUUGGAGCAUCUACCGCAUCGCACCGAUGUCUUGCCUGGCCGGUGA